ACGCGAUCGCCCGGUUGACAGUUUCUCAGGGCCCUCUGUUUCUGUUUCUUCAGUCUUUCGAAAUUUUCCGGCCAACUGUUGCGAAGUAAUCAAGUGGAAAUUGGAACUGUGGAAAAUUGUCUUUCCCAGCCUUUGAAAGCAAAAUUAAGAGACCAGUUUAUUGGACUUCAGACUUAAUGUGUUCCUAAUUACCCGCGUUUGUUUAUUUUAUUUUAUUUCCUUUUUUUUUUGUUGGCUGAUGAAAUACUUUCUCUUUUUCGUUGAAUUAUUUCUGGAUUCCCUCAUAAUUUCUGGCCUGAACCACAAGAGAGUGCUAGUGCGUGGGUGUUUUAUUUUUAAAAGCAGGAAAAUAAAUACAACAAAAAAAUACAAAUUUAUUGUGAAAACAAAACUAACCUUGGGUCCCUAUUUGUCGGUUGCCCAAAAAAACCAAACAAUGUGGUCAGACGGCAUUCCACAAAAUUAAAUUGUUCGAAACUGCAGCACUGCAGUUGCAUAUUUUUCGUGCUUGUUUUGGUUAUUUGGCUGAAAAAUUAUGACCUGCCUCUCGGACAUCGAUUUGGCCACCUUGCAUCAGAGCCGCUUGGAGCAGCGCUGGCACUACGGCCUGCCCAACGAGGCCAUGUACCACACUGUCUAUCACCAUCACCACCACCACGACGGAUUCAGUCCAAUGACGCGUCUCUGUCUGGAGCGCAAUCUCCUGAAGAAGGUGCAGAGCGACCUAAAUGGAAAUCGGGUGGAUGGGGCGCACCACCGGCACACCGAGAGCGGGGAGUUGGCGGCAGGUAUGCAACGCCGACGCUCCGGCACCUGGCCGCGCACUCGAAGUCUGAAUGCCCCAUCGCCUGUCCAGCAGUUCGGACCAUGUGGACGCAUCAUGAAGAACUCCGCCAUGGUGAUGCAGAUCCAGGACCCUGCCAGCCAGAGACUCACCUGGUACAAGCCACCUCUCACCGUACUGGUGAUCAAAAAAGUCAGCGAUGCCUCGGUGUUGGCUCCAUUUGUCCAGCUGGUGGACUGGCUGCUCCAGGAGAAGAACAUGGUGGUGUGGGUCGAGUCGGCUGUAUUGGAGGACUCGCUGCUCAACGAGGAUGUGCGAUUCAAUGCUUUACGGGAUAAGCUAGUGACCUUCAAAGAUGGCCGCGAUGACCUGACCGAUCGGAUCGACUUCAUUGUCUGCCUUGGAGGCGAUGGCACUUUAUUAUAUGCCUCCCUGCUAUUCCAGCAAUCGGUGCCCCCGGUGAUGUCCUUUCAUUUGGGAUCACUGGGCUUCCUGACGCCCUUCCGCUUCGACAACUUCCAGGACCAGUUGACCAGCGUCCUCGAGGGUCAUGCCGCCCUGACUCUGAGGAGUCGGCUGCGUUGUGUGAUGCACCGGCGGAGCGACAGGAAGCACGAGUCCAAGACGCAGCAGGUGGAUCCUUUGGCAGAUGCCCGGCCGACGGCCAACAGCAUCCUGGUGCUAAACGAGGUGGUCAUCGAUCGAGGACCCUCGCCAUACCUCAGCAAUAUUGAUCUGUUCCUGGAUGGAAAGUACAUCACUUCAGUGCAGGGGGAUGGCCUGAUUGUGUCCACGCCCACCGGAAGCACAGCGUAUGCGGCUGCAGCGGGUGCUUCGAUGAUCCAUCCUUCAGUUCCUGCCAUCAUGGUGACUCCCAUUUGCCCGCAUUCCCUGAGCUUCCGACCCAUCGUGGUGCCUGCUGGAGUGGAACUUAAGAUCUCCGUUUCUCCAGAGAGCCGCAAUACUUCGUGGGUCAGCUUCGACGGCCGCAAUCGCCAGGAGCUCUUCCAUGGCGACAGUCUCCGUGUGACCACCUCCAUCUAUCCGGUGCCGUGUAUCUGCGCCCAGGACCAGAUCUCGGACUGGUUCGCCUCCCUUGCCGACGGCCUGCACUGGAAUGUGCGCAAGCGGCAGAAGUGCCUGGACGAGCUGUCGGAUCUGACGGCGUCCGGAUCGGAGGACACGCUGGACGAGAUCGAGAACAUGAAAUUGUACGAUGUUUAGUGUGUAAGUCUCUGUUGGUAAUUGUAAUAGGCUUACGGCUUGUAGCAGUAGAAAAGCUCAUUCUUAAAUAGUCUUUAAAAUCGUGAAAAUCGUGAAACUCGAAUAUUUGCCAAUUUUGAUUCCUUUGAGCACCUUUGGCGAAAUCCAAUCCAAGUAUCAGCACUUGUAACAUUGAAAAAAGACACUACUUAUAAGCUAUUGUAGAGGUAGAUGUACAAAAUAUUGCUUUGUUCUUCCGAAGAUAAACGCAUAAAGCAAACUGAUUGAAUUGUUUUUUAAAAAAUA